GGCUUGUCAACAUGGAGCAACCUGUAAAACUAAAGCCUGAAAGAAGGCUAGUGCACUUGGAUUUGAAAGGGGCUCCACCCAAUAUAUCCUAUCUUCAAAAGAUCCUACCCUUACUGCAGUCAUUUGGGGCAAAUGGUUUACUUGUGGAAUAUGAAGACACAUUUCCUUAUCAUGGGGAUUUACAGGACCUAGUCUCUAAGAAUGCUUACAGUAAAUCUGAAGUGGUUCAACUGCUGGAUCUUGCCAAGUCUCAUAACAUGACAGUCAUUCCUCUUGUACAGACAUUUGGACAUUUUGAGUUUGUUUUGAAGCAUGAAAAGUUCCAACAUUUAAGGGAACACCCAAAGUUUCCAAUGACGUUGUGCCCUAAUCAUAAAGAUUCCCUAGCAACAGUGCAGGCAAUGGUAGACCAGGUUCUCGAGAUGCAUCCAGACAUCAGCUGGUUUCACAUAGGAGCAGACGAGGUGUUUGAUUUGGGUGUUUGCGAGAAAUGUCGAUCCAAGCUAGUAGAGAAUGGGUCCAAGGCUCAUCUUUUCUUCAAGCAUAUAAAGAAUGUACUGGAUUACAUCAAGAGGAAAUAUCCACAUUUGAAUCUGAUUAUGUGGGAUGACAUGUUUAGAACUGUUGAUACAAAAACACUAAAAGAUGCUGGUAUUGGAGAGUUGGUGGAGCCAAUGGUUUGGCAGUACCUUGACAGGUUGGUCUUACCUGAGGAUCUGUGGUCAAGAUAUUCUGCUGUAUUUCCCAAUAUAUGGGUUGGAACUGCAUUUAAAGGUGCUACAGGGGCUGCCACAUUUGCCACCAACAUUGCAUACCACAUUGAAAACCAUAAACAAUGGCAUAAAGUCAUGGAACUAGAGAAAUCAAGAUUCCAGAAUUUCAGAGGAUACGCUUUUACAGGCUGGCAGAGGUAUGACCACUAUGCCACCUUGUGUGAACUUCUUCCCGCCGGUCUUCCCUGCUUGGCCCUAUGUCUUGAGAUAAUGAAAACAGGCACAUUUACAGUUGCAACUCAUACCAAAGUUAGUCAAGACUUAGGAUGCCAAGAACUCUUACCCCUGAACCCAUUUGAUAUCCUCUCUCCUAUCCCCGAGUGCAGUUUCCCUGGUGGGGUAAUAUACUGUGGAGUUGCUCUAUUGGUGCAUCUACAUGAUGAAUACAGUGCAUUCAUGAAAAAUGACAGAUACCAGGGUUGGAUGACAGAAUAUCAUAUAAAAUACAGAUAUGCAAACCCUGUACAUAUUCAGUACAUCAUGGGAAUAGUAAAAAGCCUACAUGAAAAGUUCUGUGAUCUCAAAAAAUUCAUCGAGCCAGGCCUGAGAGAGGUAUUUGAUGGUGACACUAUAGAGGAAUGGCUGAUGGUCUAUGUUGACACUCCUUUGAAAAAGCUUGAAGAACUAUUGGCAACUGGAAAUGAGCUAAAUGCUUUGGGUGCAAGAGCGAAACCUCCACUGGAAUCAGAAAACUGUGUUGAAAUGACAGAUGAUAAAUCCUGAUGUAAAUGCAAUAGUUAUAGUAUCACAAUAGGGUUAUGACCAAAAGAAAUGCACCAACUGCUUCAAAAACUGCUGUAAAAAAUGACUGCGACAAAAACUGCAGUAAAAUGACACGACUGCUACAAAACUGCAGUAAAAUGACACGACUGCUCCAAAAACUACAGUAAAAUGGUAUGACUGCUACAACUGCAAUUACAGAAUUAUAAUACCAUUGCUCUCUGUCAAAAACUGGAGAAAUGCAUACCAGUAACUGCUA